GUCCUUCUUUCUUUUCUACGUCCCUGAGAGAGGCUAACGCCAAGAUGAAUGACACCGUAACGGUCAGGACCCGGAAGUUUAUGACAAACCGGCUGCUUCAGAGGAAGCAGAUGGUUGUCGAUGUCUUGCAUCCAGGCAAGGCUACAGUCCCCAAGACUGAGAUCAGGGAGAAGCUCGCCAAAAUGUACAAGACCACUCCCGAUGUGGUGUUCGUAUUUGGCUUCAGGACCCAAUUUGGUGGUGGGAAAACGACAGGCUUCGCCAUGGUCUACGACUCUCUAGACUACGCCAAGAAGAACGAGCCCAAGCACAGACUGGCCAGGCACGGCCUCUAUGAGAAAAAGAAGUCCUCCAGGAAACAGCGCAAGGAACGCAAGAACAGAAUGAAGAAAGUACGAGGCACCAAGAAAGCCAGUGUUGGCGCCGCUGGCAAGAAGAAAUAAGGUGUCCCUCAGUGAGAUGGGUGAACCAGGAAAGAUCUUCGUGCUCAAGAUGUUCUUGUAUAUUGUCAUCAAAUAAAAAAAAGUUUGGAAAAAAAUUGAAAA